AUGGGCCCGUUACCACAGGUGUCGGUUACCUCAGAAUCACCCUCAUCAGUCAUUCCGGCUCCAGUGAUGAACAGUCCCCAAGCUGGCCAGAGUACACCCAAAUCAUCCUCGGGAGGACUUUCGAUCGGCUCCCUCGUCAACCCCCAGGCAGACUACCGGUACAGCAUAGCGACGCCGGCCUUCAAUGGGUUCGGGCACCAGUCGAUGCACUACGUCCCAGGCUUCAAUUCAUCCGAUGACUCGAUCUUCUACACCCCCGAGAGUAGCCAGUCUCCCGUCUCAGAGUACUAUGGCAGAUAUGGUCAUCGUCAGAGCCUUUCUUCCUCUUCUUCUAUUGCUGCGUUUGAUCCCAAUGGAGCGUCUCCUUUGAUCGGCGGUAACCUACCAGGCCCAUGGGCUCCCUCUUCUGUACCCCCUCCCAGCAUGCUUCCAUCCAACAUGCUUGAUGAAGGUGCUUAUUUUCCUUCUCCCACAGACUCUUCCCUACCAAUACCCCUCUCCGACCUGGAUGGAUUCGAAUGGUCCGUCAUUCGACGAGAACUAUCAAGUGCCCCUGGACUUCUGCCAAGAGAUGGCUCAACCGGUAUACCAGACACUAUAAGGUGGCAUUGUCUGGACUACUACUGGCAGCACUUCCACCCUCAAUUCCCCGUGGUGCAUCGACCGACAUUCCUACCCACCCAGCCGAGCCCACUCCUGGUCAGUGCGAUGGCGGCCAUUGGAUCGCAGUAUGACGACCGGCCGGAUGCCAAGUUGUACUCGCUCACACUUCUGGAGGUUGCAACCAAGCUCUUGAGAAGGAGAGAUCGCAUUACGAGCCGGUCGAGGCUGGCUGAUCUGCAGACCGUCUUCCUGCUCGAGGUUCUCGGCAAAUAUUGUGCCAGAAGAGUCCAGGUCGAGAUGUCGACGAGGUUUCGCUCGUUGUUUACAAGCCUCGAUCAAGCUCGCCGGUUCCUGAGUACGGAUGCUCUGGCAGUGUUUCGGGCCCUCCCGAAAGACCGAACCAGCGACGAUGUCACCCGGGCGCACAAGUUCUGGCUCGAACAUGAAACGCGGCGGCGCAUUCUUCAGUCAUCAAUGGUCUUGGACCUCCAGCAAGAGACCCUCUUUGAACAGCCCGCCACCAUUGUCCUUUACGAGAGGUCUCGACGGCCACAUUUGGAUCUUCGAUGCAAGAUCCCUCUUCCAUGCUCGGAGGAGCUCUGGGAGUCCAGUCCAGUUGAGGCCUGGGUCGAGGUGGCUUCCAAGAGUGACUCGCCUAAACAACAGGCGAUGGACGAUGACCACGACGAUGUGCCAUCCAAUCCGCCUCUUGACUUGUUUCAGAUCCAAGUCAGCAUCGCCGCGAGUCCCGAGCUUCCUUAUACCCAGCUUCUGUCACGGAAAGAUCAGGCCGGCGAAGCUGGUGCUCGGCUGACUUUCAACCAUCACCUGCGCGAAAUAGCCGGGCACACUCCGAUCCGGCAGCUACUGGUGGUGAGCGGCGAAUCCUGGAUCUUGGGCAAGAAGCUGGAGAACGAAGCGGAAUUCCAGACGGCCAAGCGCAAUCUCCGAGCUUGGGUUGACGCAAACCACCAAAGUCGCAUUGCCCUCUGGCACGCCACUCAGCUGAUCCGGAGCCGUGUCGAAUUCAAUUGUUCUUCUUCUUCCGACCCCACGAACACCGACCUCGUCGUUUCGUUUCUUGACACGUACAUGCUCCACGAGCCAUGGGGACUGUAUCUGGCGACACUUGUGUGUUGGGCCUAUGGACUGGGCGCGUCCAUCAGCCUGGAAGCUGGUGCCGGUGACCAGGUGUCUGGAGCGGCUUCGUCAACUGCGAGUGAGGCCAACUCCAACCUAUCCCGCAGCUCGAGCUCGAGCGUGUCAUCGGCACACCCGGCACUUCUCGAUCCCCACGAAGCGGUCUGUUCGAUGCGCGAAUAUUUGCAGAACACGGAUGUCACCACCGCCGAGGAUCUUGUCGGGCUGGAUGCCGAAGUCUUCGGGCAGAUCCAGGGGCUCCUCGAGACGGUCCGGCUCAACAAGAUUGGGCAUUUUCUAGGAGGCCUCAUGAACGAGGCCGAGCGGGUCCUGUAUCGACUAGUGGAGGGACGAAGUCGGCUGUCGCAUUUCUAG